CUAAUCGUCCUCUGAUACUGCUCUCUUAGCUCUGAGGACCCCACCCCCAUCUCAUCUCUCUUUCUAUUUAUUUUUCUCACCAUUUUCCUUCCAUUAGCCAACCCCAAUAGCCAAGUCCCCUCCUUAUUCUAUCCUCCACUACCACAACCACAACAACCACCAUAUUUACAGAACAGAGAAUGAAAUAUGGUGGGAUUAAGUGUAGUUUUGGAGAAUCAAAAGAGUGAUAAUAAUAAUAUAAACAGUAAAAAAACCCCACAAGUUAUUAGCAAAACAAGUAUGGCAAUCAACAGCAACAGCAGCAAAGUAUCUUCACUUUCUUCGAGUUGUUUUUUGUUUUCUCAUACUACAAAUUCUCAGUUAAACUACCCAGUUACUGCUUUUCUUGAACAAUGCUUUCUUUGCAAACAAAAACUCUUACCUGGAAAAGACAUCUACAUGUACAAGGGGGACAGGGCUUUUUGUAGCGUGGAGUGUAGGUGCAAGCAAAUUUUCAUGGACGAAGAAGAAACUUUAAAGAAAGAAAACUGUUCUUUGGCUGCCAUGAAACCUCCUUCAACUGCUUCAGCUUCUUCUUCUUCUUCUUCUUCUUCUUCUUCAGCUUCUCGCCACCACCGCAAAACCGCAAGAAACCGAGCGGGUGGUUUUGCUUACUGAGAAGAGAAAAACCAGCAGCCAGCCAAGAACUGAAAAAUGGUUUUUUUUUUUUUUUUUUUUAUAAUUAUGGUAAUUUCAACUUUAUUUCCCGGUUAACCCUUGGCUAAUUUUGUAUUGACAAUGCUAUCCUCUGUCGUUUUGCAUCCUGGGAUGUAGCCUAAAGGGCUUUUCAACUAUUUUUGCUUUACAUCUCUAUGGGAGAGCCUAUGGUUUGGUUUGUUCCUUCUCAUUCACCUUAAAAAAAUAAAAAAUAACGAAGAUUAAGGGGAAUUUUGCAAUUGUUAAGGGCAUUUACGGUAUUUUAAAGAAUCUUCACUUUGCUUAAUAUCAUGGUGCCAACAUUCUUUUGAAAAAAAAAACUAAUUAGGCUCAUAAGAGUUAUCAUUUUAUUGGGACAAUAAAAUGGUGUUUGUUUGUUGUGUAGCAAAACGACAAUGUUUUCAUAAAUGUUGUUUCAUCUGAUCUGUUGCUGCAUUCUAGUUUUAUUGUGGAGGGAAUGAUGAAUAUACUUUUAGACAACAAUGUUUAUCGUCCCCGUAAGAAGAUACUAAUUGCAUUAAGAAUCAUCAAUUUUUGUGUAGUUCUUCAAAUUAACCCUUCCCUCCAUUUAUCCAUUUAUUUAUUUUGUCUAUUCCUUUCUUCUAAUCUAGUAAUUUAUUAUAGCCAAAGUCAUAAUU